AUGGACAAUGAGACAAUCAGCGGCAGAUGUCGCAAGAUUCAACAGAAGUUGAAGGGUCUGCUAGCUGUCCUUGAGAAUGGAUCAGCCCCAGUGUCAACAACUGUCACGGCCCCCUCAGUUCAAGAUGCCUUUGAGAGAUUCAUGCUGUGGGCCGGAAACUUGGGAGCGUUGCGAAAGCCCACAUCAAAGCUGUCUCUUGACACCAGGCUCGCAAAUUCCCAGGAGGUGCGCGACUACAUCGAUAGGGAGAUAAAGAAUAUGUGUGAGGCACUUGAGGACCUCAUGAACAUUGUGAACGGUUCAAAGCCCAACAGGGAGAUUGGUUCCAUUUAUAGUUCGGAUUCGGAGGACGACUUCGACACGGACUCUGAUGAGACUGAGAGUUCCACUUCUUACUUCCACGGACCCGUUGAUGAAGCCGGUUCUCUUCUUCAGGUAACCUCACAGGGAAUCAGAUCCCUCUUGAAGAUUGGCAUCCUGAUCCGACAGCCCACGUCCAGCGGAACCGACCGCUUUCGCCGUGCAUGCAGAGAUUCCACCAGCAUCUUCUUGGAUACCAUGGACAUUCAUCAUGUACAGGACAAGUACCCCAAACUCGGACGUGGAGCCAAGUCGGAGCGUAUGGGAAAGGCGAUUGCAAAGCGAAGACAGUUCAUCCAUUAUUGCCGAGAUCACAAGUCUAAUCUGGCGGCCGAAGAGAUCGAAAGGAAGGAUACCUCUCACCCCCAGAUCGGAAGCCAAAAGGCCACGACCGCCAAGCAGUCCAGCAAAGCGACAACCUUCAUUGCCAAGGCAAACAUGAUGGAAACCCUUCAGGGAUCCGGGGAUGUUCUUGAAGAUGAGGAAGACGCUGUCUCUCAUUGCAGCGUCUCUACCACAUCUGAAUCACUGGCAGUCCUAAAGCUACCUCGACUCGCUGACCUGUCUCCAGACAACGACCCCUUCGAAUGUCCUAUUUGCUACACUCUCCAGCAAUUCCGCUCGGAACAAUCAUGGCGGCGACAUGCGUAUCGCGACCUCAAAACCUACGUGUGCACAGUGGGUGGAACCGAGUGUGACGGCAAGUUCUUCGACGACCAGACAUCAUGGUUCAACCAUGAACUGGAACAGCAUAGAUCCAGCUACGUUUGCGUACUAUGCGGUGUCAGCGACGGACGAAAGGACACGACGCGAAGCUUGCUCAGGGGACAUAUCCGCGACGUUCAUGGAGAGUUUAAACCCGAUCAACUUGAGCGGCUUGAGGAUGCUGGCCGGGACAUGACCAAUAGUUUCAAGACCGGCGAUUGUCCGUUCUGUGAUGAAUGGUCUGCGCUUGCCGCGAAAAGGAAAUCCCCCGGAGGUAUUUCACAAUUAGAAGACAACUUAAUCGUCAGCACUAGCCGGUUCAAAAAACAUGUCGCCAUGCAUCUGGAGCAACUUGCGAUCUUCGCCAUUCCACGACAUGAACUUGAUACCGGCAAGGACGAAGAUGGGUCGUAUGGCUCAGAGUCGCGCGUGAUGCACUCCGAUAUCUCCGCAGGGUUUACAGGGUCAUUUGAAUCGGAGAAUCAGCCAUCGCAUUACACUGAAGAUGAUCAAAGUGACCGAGCCCCGAGCGAGGGUGAAGGAUCGAUUGGUCACGCCGCAUCCGGAACUGAAGAUUUACCCACCACCGCGCCCGAGGAGGAGCUCGAUGGCAAAAUAGAAGAGCUCAACCAGCCAUUGUCACUGUUAGAAGAGUUGAAUCCUGAGGCAGAGCACAGGAAGGAAAAAGAGACGGAAUACCAAGCACAGUGGCGCCGGAUGCAAGACACAGAACAUUUGAUGAAGAUCGUAAUGGCAAGAGAAAAGCAGGAUGAGGAGGAUAGAAAGAAGGCUGUAAUAUAUAAUAUCAGCCAAAGGAAAGAGGAAGGAGAAUGGGGGGAGGACGGGGUGAAGCAUGAUAACGAGGAUAGGGAGGAGUGGGAUGAAGAGGAUGAGGAGGAGGAGGCGGCGGAAGGGGAAGAGGGGGAAGAAGGCGAGUGGGAUAAAGAGGAGAAAGAGGUCGAGUGGGAGGUGAAGGAAGGGGAAGGGGGGGAAGAAGAGAAAAAGUCCCACGCGGAGAGCGAGGGAGUUGGCCGCAAUGAUGCAUUGCCAUACUCUCAUAGUGAUGCGUUGCAUUAUUAUAAUAUUCAACUAACGCUUCUUGACCAACUAAAUAAAAAGAGGAUAAUGAUGGCAAGAGAGGAACAAGAGGAGGAGCGGAGGAAGAAUGAGGAGGAGAAAGGGGAAGAUGAGGAGGCAGGGGAGGAGGAGGAGGAACACUCAGGCGCUUCAGGAGGCCGCACCCGGCAUGAUGCUGGCAAGGACGAGAAUAAAUCUCAGGGCUCAGAUGCGCGUUAA